GAACCACACACCCCUAGGCUGUGUUCAUGUAUAUGGCAACCAUUCACGUGGCAUCUAGAACCUGAGCCUAUUCUAGCUGGCGACAACUUGGCGCCGCCCCAAUUCUGCAUUUUCGCGAUCGCCGAUGUCAAUGAUAUAGCGUGCCUCGAGGUCACCUAACUUUACGACUUGAUUCGGAACAUACAUGUGGAGUUCAUGCGAGCCCGUUGGACUCGAGAUAUCCGUGUACGAAAUGGUCCCUUGACACCGUUUCAUAUACUGUCUCGAUAGUCGGCGGUGAACUCGGACCAAAUGUGUCUUGACUCCGCUCUGACUAUAAGAAUGGCCUGGUAAACGCAAGACGCUCUACCCCUUUCUCACUUCAAGAUCUAAAACUCGUUCAUUUGCUGCGUAUUCACCUUCGUCACGAUGACAGUUCUGGGCAACCUUCGAACUGGGACUUAUACCAUUAGGAAUGCUACUACAAGCGAAUUUGUCGCUGUACAAGGCCCAGCAAAAGCUGCUACCCUGGUGGUGAGCAAAGAUGGCCGAGCAGAGAAUGCUGCAUGGAUCCUCGAAACACUCAGCGGGCACCACGACAAGUACAACAUCAGAAAUUUCGCGCAAAACUCGUACGCAACUGUCAAUUCUGUGCAAAAAAGAAAUACUGCACUCACCUGCGGGCGCGAGGCGUGUCCCUGGAGCAUUAGACCAACUGGAUACGGAACUUAUGUGUUGGUCUUCCAUCAGGGCUCAUUCAUCUUAUCUGACAGACGCGCGUCCAGGAUAUCACCACACUCAGACGCUUCACUAUUCUGGAGCAUAAUAGCAUCCGGGGAUCACUCACAGGCACUGUUGACGGAUGAUCGGACUCACACCGUCCAUUGGUACUUGCAUCGCGUUUCGGCCUGAGGACAUGUUGCAUCAGUAUCAUGGACAAAGGGCUACGAUGUAGUUGGAUGUUGAACUCAUCAUCACAUAAUAAUACAUAUAAAGCCUUAUUCCAUAUCUUGUUCGACGUGGAGAGAUUCUUUGGUGGAGGCAAGCCAAGUGGCGCUCGUACCAUCAGUAUACUAGUAUGCGCGUUUAACGUUACCUAUGUUUUCGAACUCAGACAGGGUCUUCCAUUGAGCUACACCAAAUUUAUAGUCAGUCGUAAUUAGUCUGUAAUAAUACAGAUCUGUAUACUGAGCAACGAUGCCUUCCACCACUAAAAGGAAUCAGGUCCA